ACCACCACCCAACCUCAAACGCCGAGUCUCAGUCUCUAGUCUGCUACGACACUACGAAAAGCCAGGCGUAGCGCCUCCUUCGUCGCGCGUCGACCCAAGCGUGAAGCAGCAGGAUGGGCUUUCGAUGACUUUGUGGAGCGCGGCGAAGCUGGGAGUCGUCGUUGCGUUCAAGACAACGGAGCUUGCAGCAGAUGUCUUCACACAUACUAUCUGGGGACCACGUAAGAAGUCAUGGGGAAUCCAGAUGACUAUCCUCUCCUCAAUCAUGCGCGGCGCAGGUCAGCACUCCCAACUCGUUGACAUCGCCACAAUACGCACCUUCAUAAGCCUCGGCAACCUCAUUCCAUUACCCUCAGACGCUCUAGUCACCCCCCUUACCUUCCGUGUCCGUAAACGCAAUUUGCGCGGAAUAUUGGCUGCGUUUGACGCCCAGGAAGACGGAUCGAGGGAGCUGUCAGGUGAAUGGGUCGUCAGUAAGAAGUUGUGGCAGAAGUUGCAGGCGGAGUGGAAGCAUGGGCAGCAUAAUAGUAAGGACCAGGACGAGAAGACGGACAAGGCGGAGCCAAGAAAGCAGUACGAGGAGAGAGUAAUAUUGUUUUUGCAUGGCGGCGCGUAUUAUCUGGCUUCGCCUGCCACUCAUAGGGGAAUAACUGUCCCAUUAUCUAAAGCAACCGGCUGUCGAGUAUUUGCUCUCGAUUACCGUCUUGCACCAGAAACACGAUUCCCUGGGUCGUUACACGACGCAGCGACAUCGUACUUACGACUCGUCGACGACCUACAUAUACCACCGCAGAAUAUUUUAAUCGCUGGAGAUAGUGCCGGAGGCGGUCUCUCGCUCGCUCUACUUAUGUACCUUCGUGAUAAUGACUAUCCCAUGCCCGGCGGUGCUAUCCUAAUGUCUCCAUGGGUCGAUCUAACUCUCAGCUGCGACUCAUGGGACCGCAACGCCGCCUUUGAUAUCGUCCCCAUUCCCGCCAUGGGGGAUCACCUCGACCCAGUAGCCUGCUACCUGGGUCCCCACAUGGAACGCUACCUAACCCACCCUUACGCCUCCCCCCUCUUCGGCACCUUCCAAAACCUUCCCCCGCUGCUCGUACAAUCCGGCGAAGCCGAAGUCCUGCGUGACGAAAUUACGCUCUUGGCACACAAAGCAACGCUCGCGGGAGUGGAAGUGCGACACGAAUUGUACGAGGAUGCGGUCCAUGUGUUCCAGGCGUUUGCGUUUCUGGACGCGAGUAAGGAGGCAUUUGCGAGCUGUAGGGAGUGGGUGAGGUAUACGUUGCCAAGGAUUGCGAGGGAGAGGGGCAGGGAAGGAUUGGAGAGGUUGGAGGGCGAGGUAGAGAGGGGAUUGGAGGUCGAGAUUGAUAAUGAGAAGGCGAGGGUGGUUAGGGCAGAUGGUGUGGAGAAGAUGUGGGAGGAUAAGGAAGAGAUGGCGGAGGGUUCUGGGUCCGGGUCUGGAUCUGGGACGGAGGACGAUGGGAAGGUGGAGGGUGAGGGAGAUGGAGAGGGUGGUGACGAGACUGAUGUUGGUGGAAUGGAGUCCAGUGCGAGUGGUGAUCUUGGGUUGAGGCUGGUCAGGAGUCAUGAAGUGCCGACGCUGUCUCCGAUUGCCAGGAAGCCUUCGUCCGCGUCUAUUGGAAAAAGUUCAGGACGGAGUUACGAGCAUCUGAAUUUCUUCACUGCGAAUCGGGCUUCGAAACAAACGCCAUCUCCAACGCAUAUCCAUCAAGUUACAUCGUCUUCGAUCACUCCUCCUCACACCAGGCGGCCCAGUUCUUCAAGUCGCUCAUCAUACAGCCGUACUCCCAACAUUUCUUCCCUCAAGAUGUCCUCGACCACAGCCGAAUCGACCCAUCUCUCCGCACCAGCACCGGGAAUACGACGAUCGAGCACAAGUCAUCCAGACAUUUCGAGCUUGGUGAGCCAGUGGGAAAGGGAGGGACCGGCCAAUGUCACCAUGACGUUCGGCCCUGGUACGUCAGACGAGCGAGAAGACGCCUCAUCGAAGACGACCUCGGGUUUGAUGACGAUCGGGAGACGGAGGAAGGCUUGUUCGUUUUCCUCGCCGCGGGCUUUUGCGACAUGAUAGGAUUGUUCUGGUGGGUGUUUGGCUUUUUUUCUCUCUUUCGUGGUCCUCUACGCCCGGUUAUCAAUGGAGUGAAUUCCAGGUUUUUAUUUUUACAAGUUACUACCGUGCGAACUUUGAACUCCUAGCCUUUUGCGUCUGUAUCACCACCUUGCAUUCAUCGUUAUUCAAUGCACACGUCCAGUUUCGCUUUGCUAUCCUGAACAUAUCCACGCAUUUGACCUCCUGCCUUCAACUUUGACGCUGUUCACUUAUCGCAGUGUAUCGCAAACUUUUUUUUUUCUUUCGCCGCGGAUUCUCAUUAUUUAUGC